AUGAAGGGGCUGUGGUUGCAGCAGCUGAAUUCAGUCCCUUACUGCGUGAAAGAGAAGAAGCCAUGCAUCGGGUGGGUUAACAUCUACUUCAAGGAUUGUCUCUGCAAUUCCAGAGACGAAUUGUCUUUCGCUUUAGGCCUCAUCAGCCUCCUCUUUUGGGGUGUCGCCGAAAUCCCACAAAUUGUCACCAACUUCCGAACCAAAUCCAGCCAUGGCAUUUCCCUCUUGUUCCUUCUCACUUGGGUUGCCGGGGAUGCAUUCAAUCUUGUGGGUUGUCUUCUGGAACCUGCAACAUUGCCAACUCAAUUUUACACGGCUCUGCUUUAUACCACUACUACCUUACUCCUAGUUUUGCAAAGCUUGUACUACGAUCAUUUCUGUAGAUGGUGGAAGUCUCGAAAGCACGACUCAAUACAAGAACAGGAUGAAGAUGUGAAAAAACCAUUGAGACCACACAAACACAGGUCAUCAAACGAUACUGGAAUUCCGAUACCCAAUGGGACUAGCAAACCUUCGCCACGUAGGGAUUCCAGAGACUACUAUUACACGUCAGCAAGAUCUUUAGCCGGCAGUGCUACACCGCCAAUUCGUUCCUCCGCUUGGCCGGUUAGGAGUGGGCCGUCAGCCAUUGGCAUUCCGGAUGGCUGUUCUUCGGACGACGAAACCUUUUCUACUGCACCUCCAACUAGUUCUAGCCUGCCCAAACCAGUCCCAAGAUCCGUUGGUUAUGGUGCACUUUUUACAACGACAAUGAGUAUGCCUCACCAGUCAAAUGCAAUGAUGCAAGGUUACAUUGGUUUUAGUGGGAGGAAAUUAUUACAGGAACACGGGGCGGGAAAUACUGUAUUAGGGCAAUCAUUAGGGUGGAUGAUGGCUGCUAUAUACAUGGGCGGUCGGAUACCCCAAAUCUGGUUAAAUAUAAAAAGAGGAAGCGUGGAGGGCUUAAAUCCUCUGAUGUUUAUAUUCGCUGUAACGGCAAACAUUACUUACGUUGGAAGCAUUCUGGUAAGAGAUACCGAAUGGAAAAAGGUUCAAGCCAACUUGCCUUGGUUGCUGGAUGCCGGUGCUUGCGUGUUGCUGGACUUAUUUGUAUCCUUCCAUUAA